AAGCGGCAUGAAGGUUGAUGGGCGGGGGGAGGACGGACGAGACGAGAGCCGAGAUAAACCCACUCCGAAAGCUCCAGGGGAGGGGAGAAAAACAAGGAGAAACCUCGGCCAGUCUUUGCUCGGCUUUGUUGUAAUAUUACCACCGCGUUAAACAGAGGGAGGCCAACCCAGGAUGAACGGCGAGUCAGGUGCCGGGGUGGUGACGGCUCCGCCUCCCACCACAGCCCCGCACAAGGAGCGCUACUUUGACCGGGUGGACGAGAGCAGCCCCGAGUACCAGAGGGAGAGGAACAUGGCGCCUGACCUGCGGCAGGACUUCAACAUGAUGGAGCAGAAGAAGAGGGUCUCCAUGAUUCUUCAGAGCCCCGCUUUUUGUGAAGAGCUAGAGACGAUGAUCCAGGAUCAGCUGAAGAAGGGGAAGACGCCCACGAGCCUGUUGGCGCUGCAGCAGAUCGCAGACUUCAUGACCACCAGCAUGCCUUCCAUGUAUCCAGCUGCGCCGCAAGGAGGCAUGGCGGCUCUCAACAUGAGUUUGGGGAUGGUGACGCCGGUCAACGACCUGCGAGGCUCAGACUCCAUUUCCUACGACAAGGGCGAGAAGAUUCUCCGCUGCAAACUGGCUGCCUUCUAUCGGCUCGCCGACUUGUUCGGAUGGUCUGAGCUCAUCUAUAACCACCUCACAGUCAGAGUGAACUCGGACCAGGAACGCUUCCUAAUUGUUCCCUUUGGGCUCCUUUACAGUGAGGUCACCGCCUCUAGUUUGGUAAAGAUAAACCUUGAUGGUGAAGUCGUAGACCGAGGAAGCACCAACCUUGGGGUCAACCAGGCCGGCUUCACCCUCCAUUCUGCCAUCUAUGCCGCACGGCCCGACGUCAAGUGUGUCGUACAUAUACACACGGCGGCAGGUGCAGCGGUGUCGGCCAUGAAAUGCGGGCUGUUGCCCAUCUCGCCUGAGGCUCUGUCCCUGGGGGAGGUGAGCUAUCACGAUUACCACGGCAUCCUGGUGGAUGAAGAAGAACGAGUCCUCAUACAGAAGAACCUCGGGCCCAAGAGCAAGGUUCUUAUCCUGAGGAACCAUGGGUUGGUGUCGGUGGGAGAAACGGUGGAGGAGGCUUUCUAUUACAUCCACAACCUGGUGACCGCCUGUGAAAUCCAGGUGCGAACACUGGCCAGCGCUGGAGGGCCGGACAAUCUGGUCAUGCUGGACCCCGCCAAGUACAAAUCACGCCCACGUGUCCCUGAGCCGGCAGGCGACGGGGCGUCAACACACCCCAAGUGGCAAAUCGGGGAGCAGGAGUUUGAGGCUCUCAUGAGAAUGCUCGACAAUUUGGGCUACAGGACGGGCUAUCCUUACCGCUGCCCGGCUCUGCGAGACAAAGGCAAAAAGUAUAGUGACGCGGAGCUCGCCUCCUCCGCCCACGGCGGUUACUCCCACGGGGAGGACAGCGACUCAGGCGCUCGCUCCCCGCUGAAACACAGCUUCCAGCGCGGCCAGCGCGACAAGACCCGCUGGGUCAAUGCCGGCGGCCGGCCCGACGAGCCCUACGAGGACGGGCCCGACGGCACCAGCCCCAAGUCGAAGCCUAAGGUGUGGACGAACAUAACACACGAUCACGUCAAACCCUUGCUGCAGUCUCUCUCGUCCGGUGUCUGCGUGCCAAGCUGUAUAACCAACUGCUUGUGGACAAAGGAAGAAGGCCUUCGCCAGGCUGCAGUAGCCAAUCAGUUUAUCCCAAUGAACACCGACCCAAAGGAAGUUCUGGAAAUGCGGAAUAAGAUCCGGGAGCAGAACCUGCAGGACAUAAAGACUGCAGGACCCCAGUCUCAGGUUCUGUGUGCCGGCUCCAUGGACCGGGCUUUUAACCAGGAUGCCCCUCUGUCUGACUGUACAGACACUAUUGACGGCCUCGAUGUGUCCGAGGGCUCCUAUAGUUCUGCUAAAACAAUUAGAAAGGGCGAGCUGGUGACCGCAUCCAAGGCCAUCAUCGAGAAGGAGUACCAACCCAAGGUUAUUGUCAGCAAGACUGGUCCCAACCCCUUCAAUAAACUCACCGACCAGGAGCUGGAGGAAUACCGGCGAGAAGUGGAGCAGAAGCAGAAAGGAGGUGAAGCGCAGCGACAGAAGGACUGUAUGAAAGGAUCCGCCUCCAGCGCGCCUGGACCGGAGCCAGAGUCCGUAGCGUCGGGUCAGGCCUCUGACUCCGCUCCUCCACGACAAACCGGGUCGCCCAGCUCGGAGGAAGCCCGGCCUCCAGCUUCAGACACGGGUGCUUUGUCUCAGGGUCCGUCUGUCCCAGAGUCCGCAGAUGACGUGUUCUCGGCGGCAGAGGAAGGGCUGCCUGCUCUGGAUUCUCCACACAAGGAGUUUCACAGCGCGGUGCUGCGGGCCCUCACCAAGGACCAGUCGGAUGUAGAAGCCGCAGAGCGAGGUCGGGGUUCAGAUGCAGAACAACAAGUAGAGCCCGAGGAGGAUGAAAAGGACCCGAAGCCCACAUCCACACCGCCGAGCACCCCGGUCAGAGCAGAGGAAGAGUCAUUGCCAGAACAAACCUUUAAGGACGAGAGCGACGCGGCCACCCUGAGACAGACCCUUCCGGAUUUAACCCCCGACGACCCCUCCGAGGCUCCGGCCCUCCCCGCCGAAGAGCCCACCCCAGCAGCCGAAGACCCCACCCCAUCAGCUGCCCCCGCAGAGUCAGCCGAGGGGGAGGAGGCCGCCGAUGCUGGGGACCACGACGGAGAGGAGUCUCCCUGCAAAUCGCCCUCCAAAAAGAAAAAGAAGUUCCGCACGCCUUCCUUCCUGAAGAAAAACAAAAAAUAGACAGAUUGGAAAAUGAUGCAUAAGGCUGACCUCGGCUUCAGUCCGUUUAUUCUUUUUUUUUUUUUUUUUUCUGUCAUUAUACUCUGCAAGUUCCACACUUCCACAGUUAUACUUUGGUUCUUUUUGUAUCUGUUUUUUUUUCUUUACAAGCUUAUUAACCUGCUUUUGCUCAUUAGUGUGUCCCAACUGUGUAUACAAUGUAAAAACAAUUGGAUAAAGGUUUUUAAUUAUUGAUGGCUUUUAGUUGAGAGCGCAGUUUGUCUCCUGUACUCCACCUGGUCUUAUGCAUGGCUCUGACUACAAGAGCCAUGUAUUGCUACACAUGCUUAGUGAGGUUGGAGGGUUUUAUUGCUUUUUUUUUUUUUUUUUUUAAACAACUAUUAACCAAUGUAACCACUAGAAUGUAUAGGAAUUGUAUCUAAAUAUGUCUGUCAUGCAGGGUAAAGAAGCUUGGUGAGUUCUGACAGUGAUGACUACAAGUUGCAUACAUGCAUCCUUGAAGCUGUUACAUGUCGGCAGACCGUGUGUGGGGGGGGGCUACAGUCAAGUUACUUUGUAAUGGUUGUUCAUUUCCAAAAUGCAAUAACUACAAUUAAAUCAUUCAGUCGCAUGUAAUGUUUUUUUUAUUUCUUCUUUGAAACAUCGCACUGCUUAAUCACAUGGUUCCUAUUUUGUAAUGUUGGUCAAAUACUUUGCACACUAGAUUAAGUAUAAACACUGCUGCGUUAUGCACGAUUAGUCCUGCCUUGUUUGAACCUAACAUUGUGCUUGCUGAUCAGUCUAAGACUUCAUGGAUUUACCACUGGCUGUAAGCCUUUUAUUAUGAAGGAAUGUGUACAUUUAUAUUCUUUUUAUUCUAAUGGUUUCAUCGAAGCUUUUGUUCUGUAUUUGCUCCCUUCUUUCAUUUUUACAAGCUCCGUGCAAGUAGCUAGUUUAUAUCUAGUGUGUGACUGCAUAUUUCCAUCAGUUUUUGGUUGCAUUUUGUCUCAUAAAUUAGAAUUAAACCAUUAUUGCCUGUUGUGAAGGGGAUAACUGUGGUCCUUUUUAGUCAUAAAACCACAAUUUUAGAACCCAUAAUCACAUACUGCUUUUAUCCAGUUGCAUUUAUUCCUGGAGAGCGUCGUAGAAAGUUGCAUUUCCAGUCAUGUCUUAGAAUCAGAAAUCUGGAUGUGAUUUUUCAGUAAAAUAACGAGUGAAACCUGGCCUGUGAAUACCUCUUUGAAAGUAAAGACAAUGUACACUGGAGGAAAAAAAGAAGCUAUUUUUGUUGUGACUGCAGUCAAUAGAUGAUUUGGGGAGGGGGGCGGGGUUGAUGUUCAGUUUUGGGCCAUUUUUUUUUUUUUUUUCUGUGCUCAGCUUAGGUUGUGUUUGUCCAUCCUGAUUUAGCAAAGAAUCCUGAAGUGCUUCAAGAAAUCACAUGAUGGAAUUGCAUUGAAGGGCUUCAAACUGAUUUUGGUUUACAUUUUAACUUUGUUGCGCUAAUACCAACACAAUUUUCAUUUAAAUCAACCAAUUUUUUCCCCCCCAUAUACUUUUACAUCAUGCUGAUUUGUAUCAUCUGUCUGAAUUAUUCCCAGUUAAAAGGUUUGGGUUUUGCUCAUUAAAAAGUUAUUACGCCAUUGUUUUUCCUUUUUGUCAUGGUUCCACCUCUAUUCUACAAUGAAUAAAAACACUACCAUGAAAAGGGGAA